AUGGGUGAGAGAAGGUCGUUAUCCUUGUUGUUUGGCGACAACACAGUCAAAGUCACUGUUCUUCAGGUGGUGUCAUUUCUGCAGUUUGUAUCCCAUAUUUCUUGCCACAUUCAGCUCCAAGAAGAAGUUAUUAUUUCGAGUCCCAUAAAGCGAAACAGCAAUAGCGACAGCAGCAGUAGCAAUAGCCAGUAUUGUUUUAUAUUUAGUUUACAGGAUCACAAUGGGGUUGUUAUCAAAGCGAACACAAUAUACUUGAUUCAAUUUGAGAUAUUUCAGCAGAAGAAGUAUGGGAUUAUUAUAGAUUUAUCCUUUUUAGCUUCGUUGAAUCCUGCUAGCAACCUUCAGCAGAUAGGUAAUAUUAAAGCUGACAAUAAAUUUUGGUGUUUGAUGACAUUGAAGGAAUCUUUUAUUUACAGAACAAAUAUGUUUUGCUCUUUGGAUGAUUGCAGUGAAAUAUUAGAAAAUGACACAAGGUGCAAGAGCAAUAUUUUAAAUCUCAAACUUUUUAGCUCAAUAUGGAACUCAAAUAAUAAAUCAAAUCUAGAUAGCUUAUCUAAUUGUUCUUCAAUUUCCACUUCUCUUUCUCCAGCAUUAUUGAAGAAAAGAAAAACAAUCUCGAAAAGUCUUUUAUCGAAUUUUACAAUAAAACCGCCAGUAUCAGCUAACAAUCAACCCCAAAGUUUCCUUUUCAAUAGAUAUUUUGAAUCUUUGUAUUCAAUUAAAAUUCCUUUAUUAUAUUUUAUUAAAACUACUCUACCAAGAAUUGAAGUGUUGGUUUUGAAAAAAAGCACUAUUAAAGACAGUAAUGAAAAAUAUUCUUCAUUAAACUUUACCAUUGAUUCAAAAUCAUCAUUGAGAUUUAUAUUGAAUUUGUUGAUUUUAAACUUGAAUUAUUUUGAUAUUAGGCAUUUGGUAUCAAAAAACUUGAAUGGUUUGAUAAAUUCCAAAAACCUAAUCGACGAAAUGGAGAAAAAUUACAAAACAAAAAUUUUAUCUAGCUACCCUUAUAAGAGUAGUGUUAUUAUUGAUAAUGAUUUUGAUAGUAUCGAUAAUAAUAUCAAUCAAAAUCUGGUCGAGGCUGAAAAUAACCAAAAGUUAUUAUUGUCUCAAUUUUUUUUGUUUUUCUUGAAACUUCGAGAAGCUCAUCUUCAAAUAAUUCUUUUGAUUGAGUAUUUAUAUUUGGAGGUAAAUGAUGUUAAUAUCUUAUUAGACGCAAACUCAAAUUAUAGUUCAUUUUCACCACUAUCAUCAUCAUCAUCACCAUCAAAUCUAGAUUUAAAUCGGUUAAAUAACAGCUCAAAUUCAUUUUCCAAUCUACAAAAUAUAAAGAAACCAUUAAUUAGAAUAAGAAGAAAACAGAAAAAGAAAAAUAUAAAAGUUGUUCCAACACUUACUGGUUCAACAAUUUUAUUAGAAAAUCAUAAUAACAACUUCAAAGAUCAAAUAUAUAAUAAUAUGAAUGAAGAAAUGAUAACAUUAAAUAAACCAAGAGAUACUAGUUCAUAUAAAAUAUUAUUAAAUGCAUAUUUAGAUAGGUUAAUAAUCUAUGAUUUAGCACUAGAUGGAAAAUUUUUAUCUUUAUUGGCAAAUAAUUCACCAAUAAAGAUGCUGAGAAAUGAUCUUACAAUUAAAGAACAAUUGACAUCAAAUGUUUUAAAUUCUAGAAAUUUUUAUAAAACUAUUUUGUUUCCAUUUUUCUGCAAAAAAUGUCCAAAUUUAAUAAAAUUCAUCAAAAAAAAAUUAUUUGGUGGUCAAAACGUUGAUAUUAAAAGCAAUUCUAAAAAUGAAUCCAAAACUAAAAGUAAAAAACUCGAAAUUAAAACCAAUCAGAUAAAACAAAAACUGUUUUCGGAAAAUAACAAUGAGGUUCAAAUAUUGGAAAGGCCGCCAUUGCCAAAGAUUGCCAGAGUGAAAUUAAGACACAAGUCUAAAUCAUUUGCAGCCAUUUCAAAUGCUCCAGGAAUUGGAGAAUUUUCUACAAAAUUAGAGAACAAUAACAGUAGUAAUAUCAAAAACAGUAGUAAUAUCAAAAACAACAAUAAUAACAGCAUCAGAAAGCCAAGUUUGACGAGACAAUUUUCUGCCGCUAAAUUAUUGGAAAGAAGAACAGUAGAGUUUGUGGAUAUUAAAAAGAAUGCAAGGAAAGUAUCUGAAAAAGAAAUUGAAAAAACGUUUAGUCAGAAUAAUAGACCAAUUUUUUUCAAUGCAAAAAGUGAUCUUAGAAAAAGUAAUCUCAGGUUUAACUCAAUGAAUAAUAUAAAAUCAUUUAGUCAAGUUGAAGAAACGCCGACUAAUAACAAUAGGGUGACGAAUCAAUAUACAAAUUCUAAUAUCGAUGGUUUUAUUGAAAAAACACCAAAGGAUAUAGUUAUUAAUUCCGAAAUAGAUUUCAGUCCAUUAAAAACAGCGGAUAAUUUUGAGAUAUUUGAUUCGCCCGAUAAAAAAGUAAUAUCCGGCAAAAUAUCAAAGAAAAGGACAUAUAAAAUGUUGAGAGAGGACGAAGAGAAUGAAAUUUUUCAAAAAAGCAGUUUGAUGAAAAGGUUUUUUGAUGCUGCUAAUGAUGACUGA